UCCGGUUUCCCACUGUCAACACUUGGCUCGAGCGCUGCUGCGGAGCAACGACGAUGUCGGAGCAGGAGUCUCUGAGGUGCUCCAGUGCCAGAAACCGUGGGGGCGUACAGAGGGUCGAAGGAAAACUGCGAGCCAGUGUAGAAAAAGGGGAUUACUAUGAAGCACAUCAGAUGUACAGGACUUUAUUUUUUAGGUACAUGUCACAGGCAAAACAUGCCGAGGCCAGGGAGCUGAUGUAUAAUGGCGCUCUACUCUUCUUCAGCUAUAACCAGCAAAACAGUGCAGCAGACCUGUCCAUGCUGGUACUGGAGGUGCUGGAGAAAUCUGAGGCAAAAGUUGAAGAUGAAAUAUUAGAAAACCUGGCUAAGCUGUUCAGCCUGAUGGACCAGAACUCCCCAGAGAGAGUAGCGUUUGUGUCCAGAGCCUUGAAAUGGUCCACGGGAGGGUCUGGCAAGUUGGGUCACCCAAAACUACAUCAGCUGCUGGCUGUCACCUUGUGGAAAGAGCAAAACUACAGUGAGUCUCGUUACCACUUCCUGCAUUCGUCUGAUGGAGAGGGCUGUGCACAGAUGCUGGUAGAGUAUUCGGCGUCACGAGGCUUCCGUAGCGAGGUCGAUAUGUUUGUGGCGCAGGCCGUCCUACAGUUCCUCUGCUUAAAGAACAAAAACAGCGCUUCCGUGGUGUUCAGCACAUACACAGAGAAACACCCGUCCAUAGAGAAGGGCCCUCCCUUCGUCCAGCCUCUACUAAACUUUAUCUGGUUUCUGCUGCUGGCAGUGGAUGGGGGUAAAUUAACAGUUUUCACAGUGUUAUGUGAGCAAUAUCAACCUUCCCUGAAGAGGGACCCCAUGUAUAAUGAGUAUCUCGACAGAAUAGGACAGGUUUUCUUUGGUGUUCCACCCAAACAGUCCCCAUCAUACGGUGGACUGCUAGGAAACCUGCUGAACAGCCUGAUGGGUUCGGGCGAGGAGGAUGACGCGGCUGAAGAAGCCCAGGAGGACAGCAGCCCCAUAGAGCUGGACUGAGCCCACCCCAGGACAAAGAGAACAAACAAACAAACAAAAAAAGAGGAAGACCACACCGCCUCCUGCCUUCACCUCCACAAUGAGGGCGGGGCGAGGCACUGGUCCGUGUUUUCAGGGGCGUGCUGUUUCCAAAAACCCCUUCCCACCCCAUCCAGUCUAAAAUCAGAACAAGUAUCAAGCCGCCAAAACAUCCUUCUCAGCACUGUCGGAACUUACUGCGCCAAACUGCAAACUCUUCCCGUGUUGAAUUAUUGUUAUUUUAUUUUCAUCAUUAUUUUUGUUAGUUUGGGACUCUUGCUCUCUGUUUAGGAUAUGAUUUUUAAACAAGAGAUUACAAACUGCCCUCUCCCUGUGAAAACCUGCUCCCAAGAGAUGGAAAUGGUUGGAGUCUCCCAGUGGAGAGGAAAGAAUCACACGUGAAACCCCUCUUCAUAAUGUUGAUUAAAUCAUUAUAAGAGGGUUUAGACAACUCACUACAAUUAUCCAACUGUUUUGUUUGCCAGACCGCCACACGGAGCUCCAUCAGAGCCGUGGUGUUACUGCUGUUGGUUUUGUUUAACAACUUUCUCCGUUAAAAGUUUCUUCUUUGAGUAGUAAAUUUAAAUUGUACCUGUAGUCAUGGCCACAGUUCAGUUUCUCAUCUCUUUUGUCCAUUAGCUUUAUGGACAAAAAGACAACAGAGCUCUCUUUAAGUUCUUAUCGUCUUGCACCUUGACUAGCAACCAAACAAACCCUUUCUCCUCAGUGUGUCCUCCAAGGAUCAUAGUGAUGGCUGAAUUACUGCAAACACACAGCUGUCUGAAUACAAAUAUCUCCAUUGUAGAGACCCCACUUUUUAAUUGUGCACUUGCUGAACUUCUGCUGAGCUUGUUUGCAUCUCCAAGUGGAACUUUGUGGAAAAAUCCAAUUUAGGCAUUUAAAAAAAGAAAUUUGUUUGGGUACAGUUGCCAAGUCAUAAACAAUAUCUGCCAAUGAGGUGUUUGAAGCACUUAAGAGUUUGUGUUUUGCUGGUUGUUGUCUCUGGCUGUCUACAUGUGGUUGUGAAAAAUAAAAAGUCAAAGUUGGGGUUACCUGCCAAGUCUGUAAAGUGAUCUUUAUUAGACACUGGAAACCUGUCUCUUGAUUUUCAUGUUUAUAAAAUGCUAAUAUCUAAACCAGCUGGCUAUUUCUGGCUAAGUCUUUUGUUCCAUUGUUUUCCUUUUAUUUCUGUUAAACGAUUCUUGGAGGUGGAUCAGUAGUCCAUCAUCAGUUCAGCCAGUGCACAAUCACAAGUGUGAUUCAUACAAUAACUGUUGUUUUAGUGUUAACGUAAUCAGCGCUCAGAUAACUCACUGCUCGUUCCUCUUGACAGCUUUCUUUUCUUUUCUCACAUCAUUCAGUCUGCAGCUUCUUUUUGUCCUCUUAGUGACAUUCAAUCAGUCCAGGUCUUGUCAGGCUGCUGUUUUAGGAUUUAAAAAAAAAGAAGAAGCCUUAACUGUGCUCCAGAUAAUCCUCAGGGGUCAAAUGCCCCCUGUGAAGUAAAAUUUAAUAAGAAUUUAAUACUAGGAAACUAGGAAAGUCCAGAGGUCUUCCAACAUAGAGUAAUGUUUAUUUACUUCUAUGUAAUUAUCUGUGUGGGACUGCGGAACACCAAAAUGUCCAGUACUAAAUAAGAAAUUAUGAAAUAAAUAAUUGCAUGAAUCAAUAGAGUAAAAUAUAUAAAUGAACCAAUACUGUACAUAGCUUGGUAAAACUCAUCUCAUUUUUGGGGAAUAUUCAUUCAAGUUUCCUAUAUUAAUGAAAAAUGACAUAAAACAUUUCUAUAAUGAAAUAAAAAAGAAUGAAAUAAUUCCAUGAACAUUAGUUGUUUUAAUAACAUUCAAUUACAUCACAGGUUAAUUGGUUCCUUUAAACAUUUUACUCAUUUAGUUACAGGAUUAUUUGUUUCAUAAAAUGCUAGUUUAAUAUUGGCCAUCUUGACAUGCCAUAUGGGACUGGUUGGCUCAAUGUCAUAAUGCUACAGAGGGGCAGAUUGAAUAGUGUAAGUCAAUGUACAAGCUCAGCUGCCAUAAGAAAUUAGAAAAAAAAAUCUAAAAGAAAACUACUAACACUUAUUUAAGUGACUCGGCUUUAACAGUAUUGUGUUUAGUUAUGAAAAGUCCCGUUUCUGAAAGGUGACCGGCUCCAGUUAAACCACUACUGUCUAGGUCUACUGUCUAAAGGGAAAUCCAGGCAAAAUUGACUUUUAGGUUCCUCAGCAGCACACAUUUUCCAAAGACAUUAAUCAGUUAAACAAUAUCACAGAACAUGCACUAGUACUCAUAUCACACAACUUCAUUUUGUUUGACAUGUCAAAGGUGCAGAAAGGAAUAAAACGUCGGAUUAUUUUUUUGCUAACUUGAAAGUCAGUUUUGUUAAAAUUCUCCUUUUAAUUAUCUGGCAGUUAAACAGGUGUGUGACCAGAGACCUAUCUGCGUCAGAGAACAUCACCACAGCUGUUUGCUUUUGUUUUUGAUAAGUGUUUUCCUUUGAGAGCUAAAGGAGAGUGUUUGCGUUUUCGAUGAUUCACUAAUUGAUUAAAUAAACUACAACUGAGAAGAGUUUGAGAAUGUCUUGAAA